AGAAAAUAGAAGCAAAUGUCUGUAGAUCCAAUCCAUACCUAUAUUAAGAGUCAGGCCAUAUAUAUUUGAAUUACGGAUGGAGACAGAGCAGCAAGGAAGAGCCCGUGGUAGGGCUCGUGGGCGUGCAAGGGGGAUUGCUCCACCUGGUGCCUCACAGGAACCACAAUUGCAGCAGGGAUCACAACAACCUCUGGAUCAGGAAAUGGAGCUGGUGGGAAUGGAGGUGUAUCAGUGGGUAGAGGUGCAAGCCGAGGAAGGCGAGGCAUGGCUCAAUCUGGUGAACAUCUCCUCAGACCUCGUCCAGCCAAUUGCACCACCAAGUACUUUGGGAUCAGCAGUUACUUUGCGGGCUAACUAUAUCCCUCUGACCCAGAGAAAUGUUGAAUUUACCAUCCAACAAUAUCGUGUGGACUUUGAACCCGAAGAAGAUAGAAUUGGAGUACGCAAGCGUCUUCUGCGUGAUCAUCAUGAUAUCUUUGGAGGCUAUGUGUUUGAUGGCACUAUGCUUUUUUGCUUCAAUCGUGCUACUAUUGAUCCAAGUCAACCACGGGAGUUGUAUAGCAUGCGAGAAGAUGGUGUUAGGAUGAAGAUCACACUUCGCCAUGCUAGGGAAGUUCGAACUGGUGAUGUUGCCAUCCUGCAAAUUUUCAAUCUCCUUGUGAGGCAGUUCAGCCAUUUGCUUCAGCUGACAUUGCUAGGGAGAAAUUACUAUGAUUUGCAGCAGAAGCAUAGAAUCCCUAAAUACUCUCUUGAAGUUGUACCAGGCUACGUGACAUCCAUUUCUCAGAGGGAAGAGCAAGUCAUGAUGUGUGCACAAAUUGCUCACAAGGUGAUGCGGACAGACACAGUUCUGCAUCAUAUGAGCAACAUCAUGCAAAGAGUCCGAGAUCGAAACCAGUUCCAAGAUGAAGUGUUCAAGCAGUUAGUAGGUUCAAUUGUGAUCACAAAAUACAAUGAUCAAACCUAUCGCAUUGAUGACAUAGAUUGGAAUGCUCAAGUGAGUAAUACCUUCACACUAGGAAAUGAAGAGGUCACUUACCUGGAUUAUUAUUUAAAGGCAAGUUCAAAUUUUAAGUUAUUCUCAUUAGCUUUUGUAUGUGGAAUCUUUCUUACUCACAUGAUGUUUCAACAGAAAUACAACAUUAGAAUCCAAGACAAAGGGCAACCGCUGCUGGUGUCACGUCCAUCAAAAAGAGAUGUGAGACGUGGAAGGACUCAUAACAUCUUACUUGUCCCUGAGUUAUGCUUCAUGACUGGCAUCAGUAAUGAAAUGAGGUCUGAUUUUUCAAUCAUGAGUGAGCUGAAUCGAGUGACAUGCUUGAGCCCAGAUAACAGAGUUGCUGCCAUUAUGGCAUUCUUGGAACGCCUCAUUUCAAAUGUGGAUGUGCAGCAGAAGAUGCAAAGUUGGGGGUUGGAAUUUGUUCGUGAAAUGGUAUCAAUUCCUGGUCGAGUCUUCCAGCCUGAGGUCAUCUUUCAAGGGGAAAGAAGUUAUAAAUACAAUGCUGAUGAAGCUGAUUGGUCACGAGCAGUUCGAGAGUCUCCUUUGGAGAGAAGUCGGGAUUUGAAGCAUUGGCUGGUCUUGUCCACUCAGCGAGACAGUGAUAAAGCCCAGCAGCUUGUCAGCACUCUUCGUCAGGUUAUGCCUAGAAUGGGCAUGAAUCUUUCACCACCCAUAAUGAUCAUGCUUCCAGACGAUCGUCCCAACACAGUCUCGGGGACAUUGAACCAGAAAAUCCAUCGUGGUGUUGACUUGGUAUUGUGUGUCUUUCCAAAUAACCGCACAGAAAGGUACAAUAUGAUGAAAGUUACAACAUGUGUGGAUUCACCAGUACCAUCACAAGUGGUCUUAGCUAAAACCUUGUCCAAGCCUAAAGGUCUCAUGAGUGUAGCCACCAAGAUUGCCAUGCAAUUGAAUUGCAAGAUGGGAGGGGCUUUGUGGAAAGUCAAGAUACCCAUGAAGAAAACAAUGAUUGUUGGGUAUGAUACAUAUCAUGAUGCUUCAAAACGAGGACGUUCAGUUGGAGCAGUUGUGGGAACAAUCAAUGAAGACUACACUGAAUUCACCUCAUCUGUCUCAUUCCACAACAAUCGUGAAGAACUCAGUUCAAAUUUCAAGUUCUCUAUCACCAAGCUCCUGCGAGUGUAUUGUCACAGGAAUGGUAACCCACCUGAUAGGAUCAUCAUAUUUCGAGAUGGAGUUGGAGAGGGACAGCUGCAAUAUGUAAAGGAAGUUGAAGUGGAAGAGAUCAAGCAGGCACUUAAGGAUAACUUGGGAGCAGUGCCAAAAUUAGCUUUCAUCAUCGUGACAAAGAGAAUCUCAACAAGGCUGUUUCUAGAAGGAGGUGGUCGACACCAGAAUCCCAAACCUGGAACAGUCGUCGAUGAUGUCAUUACAGACCCCCUAAACUAUGAUUUCUUCCUUGUCUCACAAAGUGUGAGGCAAGGCACAGUCUCCCCUACCAUGUAUAAUAUCAUCGAAGACAGCUCCAGUCUGAAGCCAGAUCAUUUUCAGGCCUUGGCAUACAAGCUCUGUCACUUGUAUUACAACUGGCCUGGUACCAUCCGAGUACCUGCUCCAUGCAUGUAUGCUCACAAGUUGGCAUAUUUGGUUGGGCAAUCAUUGCAGGGUCGUAUCCCUGCCCCAGAUCUCGACAACAAGUUGUUCUUCUUGUAAACAGCAGACGCUGGAAGACCAACUAGCAGAAUGGAUGACAUCAAAUAUACCAUACUGUAGAUGUUGGAAAUUUUGUGAAUUUCACUUCUCUCUUGCCAUUUUUUAUAUUUUUUUGUGCUUGCAUACAUAUCCUUUGUUUACAUUAUGUAUUGUUACCCAGAUCACAAGAUAGCUGCCUAGCUGCCAUAAUUCAGAUAGUAAUUAGUUUGUGCUUCAAGAUGCUGCUAGUAGGGCUCAUUAACAAAGCAGGAAACCAAAUCUAAUAUGAAACUAAAUAGAAAGCUUGAAAUGAAUGAGGGGAAACACCAUUUGGAAUGGAGAUAAAUUGAGCACUAGCUUGCCAAAGAAGUCUCAUGCUGGCAUGAGCUUAAUACAAGCACCUUCUGCCCAGAGCUGACUUCUUCAACUCCAGCCACCAGGAAUAGGGAGGGAGCUCAAGAGUCAUCAGGUUAUCCUAUGGUUUGCUUCUGAUUCCACCCAAAGUGAUUAAAUGCUAUGAAGAAUCUAAGGGGAGGUUGCAAGAGUCACCCCAUUGAUCAUGCCUUUCAGCAGUCCAUGUCUGAGUGAUGCCAUUUAAUACCUUUUUUUUUUGCAAGCAUCCUCUUUCCAUGCUUUAUAUUUGAUAGCCACGACAAUGUGACCUCUUUUUUGUUUCAUGGAAUAAUUUGUUCACAAAUUCCUGGUCCAGUUGAUGUGGUCGAUCUCAAGUGGUUGAUUUGUUUUGCUUUCAUCAAAUACCCAUGCAUAUGCUGAUGUGCUGUACUUUCAUGCUGAUUCCAUAUUCCAUUGUAUUUUUGACUGAUCCAGUGAUUGAAUGGCAUGGAUUCUGUGUUUUUUUAAAUUAUUGUUGGAUGCUCUGGACACUUCAAUUUUUUUAAUGCUGUCAUGUUCCUUUCUUUCCUCAGAUUUCUUCUGAAGAAAUCUGAGAUAUACUGAUUCUGCCUGAAAGAUUACUUUUGGAAUUGUGAUGUGAACACCAUCCCAUGGAGAUAAUAGUCUGCUGCCAAGGAACCUGAAUUUCAGCCAAAAUAUUUUUAAAUUCUUAGUUACCCCAGGUCUGGCAUCUCCAUGGUGGCUGUAAAGUCUGAAUGAAUUUCAAUAUUUUCCUUUGCUAAUAUCAGGCUAUGCAGAACAUUUAGAUGCAUGGCAUAUACUUGGCAUGUGGCAGGGAUGAAAUUAGGUACGUUGAUGAAAGGUGAACAGAUGUAAUGCAAGUUUGCUGUGACUCUGUCCCAGUGUUUUAUCCUGUGACCAGCUGGAAAUUCUCUGCUUUUACUGGCCUUUCACUGUAGCCACAUAUUGGCCAUGCAAAGAAUUGACCCCCUCCUCCCCCCCAUUUCCUUGGGCAGUCACCUAAUUGACCCCAUAUAAGAUGGCAUCUGAUUGCAACUAACAGCUCAAAUGAUGGUAACUGCAGAAAGUCCCAGUACUGUACAUGUAUGAAUCUGUGUAUUGGGUGGUCUUUUAUUAGCACAAGAAAAGAAAUUCAUCUAGACUUCAUGAUUAUCUGUUUCCUUGCUCCUGUUUUAUUGUGUAUUUUUUAUGUGCUGUGGGACAUUGACUCAGGGAAACUAAGGGAAUUUCUAAGUCUUCCUUUUUUUUUUGCAAUACUGCACAUGAGAAAAAGUAAUACCCUACAUUAGGGGUGGUGUGAGAAAAAGUUAAAUGACAUUUGUAAGAGUGUCUCUUCCAGCAACAGAAUUUUAAUCAUUUUAAUCCUUGUAGUAUUUGAACAAUGGUGUUUUUUUUUUUGCAUCAAGUUGUCAAGAGCUUGCUUCUGUGAGGUUCCCCUUAACCAGGUUUUGAUGUCGACAGAUUUCAGCCCUGCUAGGCUUCAUCGUUUUGAGUGGAUUUUUGGUCCAACCUGGAGCUUCUACAGAUACGCUUUCAUGUGUGUUCUUGAAGCCUUAAUUCAUUGUACAUGCUGUUGAAGCCUUUUGUACAGGCUGCCUUGGAAAGAAUUUGUGGAAGGAUCUGUUGGGGUUGGGAGGGGAAUGAAUGGAUGCACAAACAUUAUUGUGGAAUGUGUUUGUCAUGUGAAAUAAAUUCUUAUUGUUAGUUUUGCUACGCUACUGUGUUUGUGUUCAAUUAUGCGAAUGAAACUUGAAGCUACUGCAGU